ACGAAUAGACCGUAUACUUCUCUCGCCACAAGAUCUUUACAACAAUUUAAUUCAUGAUGAAACGAUGAAUGACGAAGGAAUGUCAUAUCCGGAAACUCUAAAUUGGAUUAGGGAUAAUGGGUGUGUUUUAGAAGAAACAUGUCCAUAUAAAGGAAUAUAUGAAACUCCAGGGGAACGUCAGGUAGUAUUAAGAAUUGAGACAUCUAUUCCUGUAUCGCUUAUUCACAUGGAGUGGAAUGUGAGACAUGAAGGACCUGUCAUGGUCCAAAUAGAUUGGAUAGAUGAAAUGGAUAAUUUGGGAAAAGAGGAUGUGGUAUACCGUGGACCUAUUGAUGAAUCAGCUUUUGACAAAUUUGAAAGACAUGGUGUCCUUGUAGUAGGUUUUGGGCCAAACUAUUGGCUUGUUCGAAAUUCACAUGGAAUUAAGUGGGGAAAUAAUGGUUAUGCUAAGUUCACUCGUGAAAUGGUCCAUGGCAGGUUCUUAAUAAAUGAUGGGUGGCUAGUUAAAGGAAUUGUUUAUGCACAUGAUCAAGAUGAGGAUGAUGAUGAAGAAGAAGAAGAAGAAGUAGUAGAGGAAGAUGAUGAUGAAGAAGAAGAUGAUGAAGAAGAUGAUGAAGAAGAAGAUGAGGAGGAAGAUGAUGAAGAAGAAGAAGAUGAUGAAGAAGAUGAUGAAGAAGAUGAUAGCGAUGAUUAAGAAACUGUAGUAGUUGUAGUUAGAAAUAUUUAUAAC